UCAAGCAUCUUACAGGAAAAUGGCUGCAAAAUCGGAAACCGUGGUUACAGCAAAAGCUCAGCCCGUAAAAAAGGUUUCCAAACCACUGAUGGAAAAGAAAAGAAGGGCACGAAUCAAUAAAUGUUUAAAUCAACUGAAGAUUCUCCUAGAAACCGUCUAUUCUAACAAUAUACGCAAACGAAAAUUGGAAAAGGCUGAUAUUUUGGAACUGACUGUGAAGCAUCUGAAAUAUCUGCAAAACACAGGGAGAGGAACCUCCAUAUACUGUGACACUCCUGAAUAUCAAGCUGGCUACAGAAGUUGUCUUGCUGGUGUCAGUCAAUAUCUUAUCAUGUCGGACACAGACCGGGAAUCACAGUCGAUCCUGGCCAGUCUUACGAACGGACUUACAGAAUCCAGAGUUCAUCAUUUCAGUACCGCGGAGAGCGACGCGUCAAACGUACAGCGUCAAUCGCGCCAAACAAACGCUCCUUUGCACAAUAUUCAGCUACAUUUAGACAGAUAUUCGCCAAAGAGGAUGGGGAUUUGCGAUGCAGAGAAAAUAUCCUUCGCACAGGUUGAGACCCCUAGAUCCAAGAUAAAGAAAACCAGACACGUCAGCCUUAAAAAUGCUAAUGUUGAUCAGCAACAUUUUGGGGUAUUGAAACAGAAUUAUUGGCGGCCAUGGUAAAAUGUUAAUACUGAAUGUUAAGAAUAUGUUAAUAAUUUCUAUU